GGUCUGACCCUUCCUGGCCACCAUCGGGACCUUCCUGGACUCGGACUCCUCGGGAGUUCGCACGACCGGCUUUGGGACUUUGGGACUCCCUGCGAGCAGCGGGUCUUUGGUUUGGGUUUUUAUUUAACCCCGUAAGCGCAGUUCCCAGUGCCGGUCCAGCCACGCCUCUCCCCUGCCCUGUAAGCCCCGGGAACGAGUCGACCUUGUUCCUGUGACUCCGGCGUCCAGCAUCGCCUGGCAACCGCCCUAGAGACCAGCGCUACCCGCUGCAACAUGGACAUCAUCUACCCCCUGGCGGUGCCCAAGGGGCGCCGGCUCCGCUGCGAGGUGUGCGAAGCCCCCGCCGAGCGGGUGUGCACGGCCUGCACGGUCACUUAUUACUGUGGCCCAGUUCAUCAGAAAGCUGACUGGAACAGUAUCCACGAAAAGAUAUGUCAGCUCCUGAUCCCGCUGCGCACUUCCAUGCCCUUCUACAAUUCAGAGGAAGAGCGGCAGCACGGGCUGCAGCAGCUUCGGCAGCGACAGAAGCAUUUGAUUGAAUUCUGCUACACCAUCGCCCAGAAGUACAUCUUUGAAGGGAAACACGCAGAUGCCGUCCCAGCGGCUUUACAUUCUCUCCGCUUCCGCAUGAACUUGUUCGGCCUGAGUUCGGUAGAGCUGGUGCCCGCUUACCUGCUAUUGUCUGAGGCUAGCCUUGGUAUGGGCCAUAUUGUCCAGGCUGAGGAAUAUCUAUCCCAAGCCCAGUGGACAGUUCUUAAAUCAACUGAAUGUUCUAGUGCCACCCACUCUUUGCUGCACCGAAACCUGGGCCUUCUCUACAUAGCUAAGGAAAACUACGAUGAAGCACGCUAUCAUCUGGCCAAUGAUAUUUACCAUGCCAGUUGUGCAUUUGGAACAGAGGACAUCAGGACUUCAGGAGGCUACUUCCACCUGGCUAGUAUCUUCUACCUCCUUGAAAAGUGGGACCUGGCAGACACCUUGUACACAAAGGUCACUGAAAUCUGGAGCAAAUAUUUAUAUGGGUAUUAUCAAGUCCUUGCAGAAGCUCGCCUCCAACAAGUCGAUUUGCUGGGCAAACGGUUUGAGACUGACACCGGCUUGGAUGAAGCCCAGGAAGCAGAAGCUGUUAGGAUCCUGACUACGAUCUUGAGCAUCCGAGAGACUAGAACAGAAAAAGAACCCAGAAAAACUAUUUUUGUUCUGAAAACCAUUGCCAUGCUUUUCUUCCUGAUGAAUUCUCCAAAGGCUCAGAACUAUGCCAGAGCAGCCUUAAAUCUAGCUCAACAGCGAAAAUGCAGUUUGCAAGAACAGGGGAUCCUUCAAGACUUGGUAGAUCUCGUCACAGUGGAGUAA